GGAAAAGAAAGGAAGUAAAGAGAAAAAGAAAACGAACGGUGUUGAUAGAACUCAAAAUCUGAUCAGAGUCGUCUCCUAUCUCCUCUCUUUUCCAGCGUCCGAUCCUUUCUCUUUCCUCUUUCUCCUUUCCAAUCUGAUUCCCUCGCGCCUUUUUUUAUCUUUUUAAUUAAUUAUAAAGGGUUUUUCCGGCUAUUAUGGCGACGGAGGCGCCACCACCACAACAACUGCUCAGUCCUGGCGGAGGAGGCAGCCAUGACCAUGAGAGCGGCGGCGACCAAAGCCCUAAGAGCUCUAAUAACUCGAAUUUUCGCGAACAAGAUAGGUAUCUCCCUAUCGCUAAUAUCAGUCGUAUCAUGAAGAAAGCCUUACCUGCUAAUGGUAAAAUUGCUAAAGACGCCAAAGAAACUGUUCAGGAAUGUGUUUCUGAGUUCAUCAGCUUCAUCACCAGCGAAGCGAGUGAUAAAUGUCAGAGAGAAAAGAGGAAGACGAUUAACGGUGAUGAUUUACUCUGGGCUAUGGCUACACUAGGUUUUGAGGAUUAUAUUGAUCCUCUUAAGAUUUACCUGACUCGUUACAGAGAGAUGGAGGGUGACAGUAAGGGAUCUGCAAAAAGUGGAGAGGCAUCUCUGCAGAAAGAUGUUCAGCAGCGGGGACCAAAUGUCCAGAUUUCUCAUCAAGGUUCUUUCUCGCAAGGUGUCAAUUAUGGAAGUUCUCAAUCGCAGGUCCAGCAUAUGAUGGUUCCUAUGCAAGGCACAGAGUAGUAAUCACUGGCUUUCCUGUCGAUAAAUGCCUUCACUUAGAGCCCUAUUCAGUAUUGCACUCCAUGCUCGUAACAAAUAUCAUACCAAAACCCGAGUCCAGUUUAGUCGAUAAAUUAUGGAUGGUUUUGGUUCUCCUGUUGGUCUAAAGUUAUUUAUAGUUAAUGAUUGCAUUAAUUAGGCAUCAUUAGUUGUAGAACGUGUAAUUUGAAGAACAAUUGUAAAUCUUGUGAGGUUCAGUGCCCUAUUGUUUGCAGACUGGAUAUAUGCAUGUUUCUGUAAUUGUAUGAUGAAUUGAUUAGCAACCUUUCUAUCCA